CUCAGAUAAGAGACCGGUGCUCAGGGCAAGAAUAUUUUUGACGUUUUAUAGAGAUUACUCCCUCUCUCUGUGGUUCCCUGGUCUCUAUCAACAUGUCUGCUAUUGUUGGAGCAGAAAUGGAUCGACAGAUCUGAUUGGUAGCUGCAAAAAGAUGGAUUUCCCUCAAGAGGGUGAGGAUGCUGUCAGUGGAUAUCAGACAGCCAGAGCAGCAUGUGCCGUGUCCAGCCACGUGUCCCUGAAGGAUGAGGAGUCCGUUACUGAUGGACAUCAGGGGGUCAGCAAAGGAAGAGUGCUGUCUUAUCCAAGACCACAGACACACAGACCAGUGUCUCCAGUGCCCAGCUGUGUGUCCAUGAAGAGUGACCGGUCCAUAGAUCUCCCUAACAAUUUCAGCAGUGGACCCCCACAGUCUUAUCCAAAACCACAGACACACAGACCAGUGUCUCCAGUGCCCAGCUGUGUGUCCAUGAAGAGUGACCGGUCCAUAGAUCUCCCUAACAAUUUCAGUAGUGGACCACCACAGUCUUAUCCAAAACCACAGACACACAGACCAGUGUCUCCAGUGCCCAGCUGUGUGUCUAUGAAGAGUGACCGGUCCAUAGAUCUCCCUAACAAUUUCAGUAGUGGACCACCACAGUUUUAUCCAAAACCACAGACACACAGACCAGUGUCUCCAGUGCCCAGCUGUGUGUCCAUGAAGAGUGACCAGUCCAUAGAUCUCCCUAACAAUUUCAGUAGUGGACCACCACAGUCUUAUCAAAAGAACAUCCUGACCCAGGAUCAGUCCAUGUGUGGAGUGUGUGAGCAGCUACUGAGGGACCCGGUCAUCACCAGCUGUGGACACAGUUUCUGCAGGCAGUGCAUCAGCAGCUACUGGAGCCAGUCUGGUGCAUCAGAAGACUACAGCUGCCCCCAGUGCAGAAAAAGACCCAGAACACAACCCAUUACAAACCCUGAAAUAACUAUGGCACAACCACUGUUAUACCCACCUGCAAAUAUGGCACAACCUUACCUAUACCCAUCUACAGCCAUGGCACAACCUCACCUACAUGUAUAUUCCCAACCUUUGUCAUACCAACACAGUGAAAUGGCACUUCAUCUGAACCCAUCUGCACACAUGGCACAAGUUCCUCCAUCCCCACACACAGACACCGGGCCGCGUCCUCAAUACUCAGACUCAGCCAUGGGGCAGCAUCCACACAUCCAGCACCCUCUUUAUCCACACAUCCACACAGCACAGAUCUCUCCACAGCAUCCCUUAGAUGAGCACACAGUCAUGACAGGCAGCACUCAUCUACAAACUGAGCAUGCUCCAGUCAAAAGGGCCAAACUAACAGAUGACCAUGUCCUGACCAGAGUACUGAUGACCCAUAAAGCCAGCAUGAAGAGGAGGUUUGAGAGCAUAUGUGAAGGCAUCAUAAGGUCAGGGACUCAAACACUCCUGAACAAGAUCUACACAGAGCUCUACAUCACAGAGGGAGAGAGUGAAGGGGUGAAUAAUGAGCAUGAGGUUUGGCAGGUAGAGUCAGCAUCCAGGCCACAAACGACAGAAGACACAUCAAUCAACUGCAAUGACAUCUUCAAGCCCUUACCUGGACAAAAAAGACACAUCAAAAAUGUGAUGACCAAGGGGAUUGCUGGCAUUGGAAAAACCGUCUCAGUGCAGAAGUUCAUCCUUGACUGGGCAGAGGAGAAAGCUAACCAGGAUGUAGAUUUCAUGUUUGUGUUUCCGUUCCGUGAGCUGAAUUUGGUUAAGCAUGAUCAGUACAGUCUUCACAGGCUCCUGCUUGAAUUCCACCCUGAGCUUAGAGAGCUACAAGAUGGUGAAUACAAAGACUGCCGCAUUGUGUUCAUUUUUGAUGGUCUGGAUGAGAGUCGACUUCCACUGAAUUUCCAAGAGAACCAGACAUUGUCUGAUGUAACACAAACAUCAUCAGUGGAUGUGCUGAUGACGAGCCUCAUUCAGGGAACUCUUCUUCCCUCUGCUCUCCUCUGGAUAACCUCCCGACCAGCAGCAUCAAGUCAGAUCCCUUCCCAGUGCAUCAGUCUGGUGACAGAAGUACGAGGGUUCAAUGACCCACAGAAGGAAGAGUAUUUCAGGAGGAGGAUCAGUGACCAGAAUCAAGCCAACAGAAUCAUCUCACACAUCACGGCAACCAGGAGUCUCCACAUCAUGUGCCACAUGCCAGUGUUCUGUUGGAUCACAGCCACUGUCCUUCAGCAGAUACUGGAACAGGAUGAUAGGAAGGAAGCCCCCAAAACACUGACUGAAAUGUUCAUACACUUCCUGCUCAUCCAGACCACCAGGAAGAACCAAAAGUAUCAAGAGGAAAGUGAGACAGAUAGACAGUGGCUCCUGGAAUCACACAAGGGUGUCAUAUUGAAACUGGCAGAGCUGGCUUUCAAGCAUCUGGAAAAUGGCAAUCUCAUGUUCUAUGAGGAAGACCUGAAAAAGUGUGGUAUUGAUGUCAGUCAAGCUUCAGUGUAUUCUGGCAUGUGCACAGAGAUCUUUAGGGAGGAAUGUGUGUUUCACCACAAGAAGGUCUACUGCUUUGUCCAUCUGAGCAUCCAGGAGUUUCUUGCUGCACUUCAUUUGUUUGCCUCCUUUUUGAGUAAGAACAUUAAGGUCUUGGAACCAUUUCUUAAGAGAAAGUCCAUGACUUUGCCAGAUUGGCCUCUAGAUGAGCUGCUGAAGAAUGCAGUGAACAAAGCUUUGGAGAGCAAGAAUGGACACCUUGAUUUGUUUGUCCGCUUCCUUCAUGGCAUUUCUCUGGUGUCAAAUCAGAGACUUCUGCUUGGCCUCCUGACAGACACACACAGCAGACCAGAGAGUGUGAAGAAAACAAUCAAGAACCUGAAGAUAAUGCAGAGACCAAAUAUCUCCCCCGAGAGGUGCAUCAAUCUGUUCCACUGCCUGGUGGAAAUGCAUGACUCUUCUGUUCAUGAUGAAAUCCAGGCUUUCCUGAAGGCAGAGAAAGGUGCCGUGAAACAGCUCACACUGGCUCACUGCUCAGCCUUGGCUCAUGUGCUUCUGAUGUCUGAUGAGGUGCUGGAUGAGUUUGACCUGAACAAAUACAAAACCUCUCCAGAAGGUCGCAGGAGACUGGUUCCAGCCGUGAGAUGCUGCAGAAAGGCUCUACUUGCUGGCAGUAAACUCACAGAGAAGUCCUGUGAGAUUGUGGCCUCAGCUCUGCAGUCUGCAAACUCACCCUUAAAAGAGCUGGACCUGAGUCAGAAUGACCUGCAGGAGUCAGGAGAAAAACUGGUCUCUGCUCUUCUGAGUCCAAACUGCAAACUGGAGACUCUGAGACUUGUUGGCUGUAAACUGAGAGGGGGAUUUUUGGCUUUGGCUCACAAGGGAGCAAACUUCCACCUAAGAGAGCUGGACAUCAGUGACAGUGAGCUUCAGGACUGUGGAGGAGAACUGCUCCAUCAACCACUGAAUCAAGACUGUAAAGUCAGACUUACCAGGUGUAAACUCAAACACAGCUCAUGUGAGGUUGUUGCCACAGUUCUGCAGUCAUAUCAUUCUCAACUGAGUGAGUUAGAAAUGAUUGGCUGUGAUCUGCAAACGUCAGAAGAGAAGCAGCUCUCUGGUCUUAGAAACCCAAACUGCCGACUGGAGAAACUGAGACUUGUUGGCUGUAAACUGAGAGGAAGAUUUUUGGCUGUGACUCUUCAGUGGGCAAACUCCCACCUAAGAGAGCUGGACAUCAGUGACAGUGAGCUUCAGGACUGUGGAGGAGAAAUGCUCCAUCAACCACUGAAUCAAGACUGUAAAGUGAGACUGAUCAGCUGUAGGCUCAAACACAGCUCAUCUGAGGUUGUGGUCUCAGUUCUGCAGUCGUAUAUUUCUCAGCUGAGUGAGUUGGACAUGAGUGGUUGUGAUCUGCAAACAUCAGAAGAGAAGCUGCUCUCUGGUCUUAGAAACUCAAACUGCCACCUGGAGAAACUGAGACUUGUUGGCUGUAAACUGAGAGGAAGGUUUUUGGCCUUGAUUCUUCAGAAGGCAAACUCCCACCUAAGAGAGCUGGACAUCAGUGACAGUGAGCUUCAGGACUGUGGAGGAGAACUGCUCCAUCAACCACUGAAUCAAGUCUGUAAAGUCAGACUCAUCAGCCGUGAACUCAAAGACCGCUCCCGUGAGGUUGUGGUCUCAGUUCUUUCAUAUAUUUCUCAACUGAGUGAGUUGGACAUGAGUGGUUGUGAUCUGCAGACAUCAACAGAGAAGCUGCUCUCUGGUCUUAGAAACUCAAACUGCCACCUGGAGAAACUGAGACUUGCUGGUUGUGAGCUAACAGAGGAAUCCUGUAAGGCUGUAGCCUCUGCUUUGCAGUCCUCCAUCUCCCUAAAGGAACUGGACCUGAGUCACAAUGACCUGGAGGAGUCAGGAGUUCAGCUUCUCUCUACAGGACUCAGUAGCCCUCACUGUAAACUGCAGACUUUAAGACUUGCUGGUUGUGAGUUAACAGAGGAAUCCUGUAAGGCUGUAGCCUCUGCUUUGCAGUCCUCCAUCUUCCUAAAGGAACUGGACCUGAGUCACAAUGACCUGAAGGAUUCUGGAGUUCAGCUUCUCUCUACAGGACUCAGUAGCCCUCACUGUAAACUGCAGACUUUAAGGUUUAGUGACAAUGACCUGCAGGAUGAAGGAGUGGAGCUGCUCUGUGCAGGACUAAGAGAUCCACAAUGCAAGCUGGAGACACUGAGACUGUCUGGUUGUCUCAUCACACAUGAGGGCUGUUCUCUCUUGUCCUCUGCCCUCAAAUCAAACCCCUCCUACCUGAAACAGCUGGAUCUGAGCUACAAUCACCCAGGAGACUCAGGUGUCAGAGAGCUCACAGACAGACUGAAUGAUCCCAGCUGUAAACUAGAGACGUUGAGGUAUGACCAUGGAGGAGAGUGCAGGAUUAAACCAGGACCCAGAAAAUAUGCCUGUGAGCUCACACUGGACCCAAACACAGCACACAGACAACUCUCUCUCUCUGAGGGGAACAGAAAGGUGACAUGUGUGUGGGAGCAGCAGCCGUAUCCUGACCACCCAGAGAGAUUUGACUGCUGCCCUCAGGUGCUGUGUAGAGAGGGUCUGUCUGGACACCACCCAGAGAGAUGUGACAGUCUGGGUCAGAGUCUAGUCAGCACGGGUCAGUCUGGACGCUACUACUGGGAGGCUGAGUGGAGUGGUGGUACAGUUGAUAUAGCAGUGGCCUAUAAAAGCAUGGAGAGGAAAGGGGGUGGGAACAGCAGCGGGUUUGGAUGUAAUGCAGAGUCCUGGAGACUGGACUGCUCUGGUAACAGUUACUCUGCCAGGCACAAUGAUAAGAAGACUGCCAUACCUGCCCCCUCCUCCCGCUCCAGCAGAGUAGGAGUGUACCUGGACUAUCCAGCAGGCACUCUGUCCUUCUACAGCGUCUCCUCUAACACACUCACCCACCUGCACACGUUCCACUCCACAUUCACUGAGCCCCUCUAUCCUGGGUUUUGGGUUUACUCCUCAGUGUCCCUGUGCCAGAUCACAUGACCUCCUAAUCCUGCAGCAGAGGAGAGUCACACACUCCUGUUUACACACUCAUAUAUCUGCGCGUGUGUAUUCCUUCUCUUGCCUCAUCUGUGUUGCAUCGUCCCUCUCACACCUCCUAAUCCUGCAGGAGAGGAGACUCCUGUUCACACACUCCUACGUAUCUGUGUGUGUGUGUGUGUGUGUGUGUGUGUGUGUGUGUGUGUGUGUGUGUGUGUGUGUGUGUGUGUUUGUAGUGUCUUCUUUUAAGCACUUCUUUGACGCCGUUCAGGUGGUUUCAAUACUUUGCUCGUUUAUUACAAACAUAAAUCAUAAACGUCUUAUACGUCCGUGAAACUAAACUUAGUAAAACAAAACGGUAGUAGCAACUAAUAUAACCGACAUUCGAUGAAACAAAGAGAGUAAUCAAACGAUCAAGAGAGAAUAUAUUGAAAAACCUUAUGCCUGCUGGCGUCUCCAAACUUCCACUUCCACUUCCUAAGCAUUCAAAACCCAAGCACCUUUGUCUUGCACCUAGGCGCGCGCUUCCUUAAUUGGCGCAGGUGCGUUCAUUAACACUCUGUGUGCCGGGCACCAGUUAUGGCCAAGGCCACGACUACACAUAUUUUUGGCCAGCAGGGGUCUUAAACAGAAAAAGAACAAAUGGCUCCUACACACCGGCCCUCUUAUUGGUACCGGGCAAAGGUACAAUAAAAACAAACAAAAAACACGGAGCCAUACAAAAUAAAAAUCAUUAUCAAAUUAUACAUAUCAAUCAAUAAAUGUCACAUUCCUUUUACACGGUUCCAUUCCCCUUAUUUUUUUCCUUCUUUUUUUUUGUAAGUUCAAACAAGAAAAUCAUUUUCAAAUGUCCAUUGAAAUAAUGUUUUUCAAGAGCUCAUUGAUAAGAGUCAUUCUUGUGAAGUGUUUGUAACACAGUAGUCCAUAUGCCAUAAGAGGCAUGGUGUAACAGAAGAGUCCAUUUCUCUUGGUGUAUGUUCUGUAUUUGUAUAUGUAUGUAUACGCGCAUGUGUGUACGAAUAAAUCCGUAGAUUUAUAGAGUCCAUAGUCCAUGUGCGCAUGUGAAGACUGGAACUAUCAGUGUACAUGUUAGUCCAUACAAGGUAAGUAUUCAAAAUACACAUUCACAUUCAUUCAUUCAUAUUCACAUGUCAUUCUCCAAUAACAAACAAACCUUUGUAAUUGGUCUUUCUAGAACAUUUGUCUUUGUUUUCAGAGUCAAACUACGUACCAUCCCCUUUGAAUCUUUUUUCGUGUCAAUAACCCUUCCCAACAUCCAAGAUGCCCUAGGGGCAAUAGGGUCUGCAAUUACCACAACAUCACCACACAUAUAGUUUCGCUUCUGUUUAAACCAUUUCUGUCUUUCUUGUAAGGUUGGAAGAUAUUCCCUAACCCAUCGUUUCCAGAAUAUGUCUGCCAAGUAUUGUAUUUGUUUCCAUCUACGUCUACUGUAAGUGUCAGAUUUCUGAAACAAACCAGGAGGCAGUGUGGGUUGUGUUUUGAGGAGUAAAAGAUGGUUGGGCGUUAAGGGUUCAAGGUCAUUAGGACUGUCUGAGAUGGUAGUGAGUGGACGACUAUUGAUGAUGGCUUCCACUUCACAGAAGAAGGUGUGAAGGGAUUCAUCAUCCAGUGUUUGGUCUUUAGUUAAAGCUAGAAGUGUUUGUUUGACCUGUUUAAUUAGCCUUUCCCAAAUUCCUCCAUAGUGUGAGGCGGCUGGUGGGUUAUAAAGCCAUUCUAUGCCUUUUUGUUGUAGAGCGACUUGUAGGGUGUGACUUUUGUUCCACUCUUUUACAGCGUUCUUAAGUUCACGGUCGGCCGAAGUCAGAUUGGUUCCGUUGUCUGAUCUUAUUUGCUGUACCUGACCUCUUCUGCUUACGAACCUGCGGAUUGCAUUUAUGCAUGAGUCAGUGUCAAGGGAGUUGGCUAUUUCUAAGUGAAUUGCUCUAGUUGUAAGGCAUGUGAAAAUAACGCCAUAUCUCUUUACUUCAGUGCGUCCUCUUUUCACUAUAAUUGGGCCGAAAUAAUCAGCUCCAACGUAUGUAAAUGGUGGUGAAUCAGGAGUCACUCUUUCCUUUGGCAGGUCAGCCAUCUUUUGUUCUCCUAAGUGUGAAUGUAGUCUUCUGCAGAAUACGCACUCCGAUCGAAUCUUUCGGGCCAGAGAGUUUGCUGCUGGUAUCCAGUAUUGCUGCCUUAGCUUGGCCAACAUGUGAUUCCUUCCAGAGUGGCCAAGGUGUUCAUGAAUGUGUUGUAACAACAAUUUGGACACAUGGUGGUUCUUUGGGAGAAUAACAGGGUGUUUCUGAGACUCGGGCAUGGCCAUUCUGCUCAACCUUCCUCCUGUACGAAGAAGUCCAUCUUGCAGAAUUGGAUCAAGCUUACGAAUGUGGCUUUGACGACUUACAUGAGCCUUUUCCCUUUGCAGAGCCUCGAUUUCAUCAGGAAACGCAUCCAUUUGGGUGAAGCGUAUGAUUGCAUUUUCUGAUCUUUUGAUGUCAUUCAAUGUAAGGUGUUCAUUCAUGCAUUUUUUCACUGUUUUCGUCUUUCUUUCCAACAGGUCUUUCUCGAUUGCGGAGUUCUUCACGGUAAGUUUGGUAAGUAUCUCCUUUCUUUUUUGACUUAGGUUCAAGAGCAAGUCUUUCAGCUUGAGUAGCCAUGCAACGGCUCUUGUGAGUUUGUUCCACUUUGAGUGAUGGUGAAUGAAUGCACGGGUAGGAUUGUCAUCUUUCACAACGACGUUCAUGAUGAGGACGUUCCUUUUCACUUCCACAUCAUCUUCUUGUAUCUGAGACGCAAGAUCAGACUUGGGCCAUUCGGAUUCAAGGCCUUUGAGGAAUUCUGGGCCGUUGAGCCAAGAGCUUGUGUUCAGAAGUGUGCAUGCCUUAAGACCACGAGACGCACAGUCUGCUGGAUUCAGUUUCGUGUUAAUGUAUCUCCAUUGUUUGACCUUUGUCAUCUCUCUGAUUGUGUUUACACGAUUGGCUACGAAUGUUUUGAACCUUUUGUUCUCAUUGGGCUGCCCUUCAGGCAGGGACUUCAGGGAGCCCUUCUUCGGGUGAUGCACUCCGUGGUGUGGAAUGUACCACGCCUUUCCACUUGGGGUCUCCAGUUCACUGGAUGGGACCGCCUCUGCAUGACCCUUUUUGAGCAUUCCCUCCAAGAAGGCUCCAUUUCUUAGUUCCUUUGAUGUUUCCAUUAUAGACAUAAACUGUUUGUCUUCAACUGACAUCUCUGAUCUCUCAUCGGCUGCCAGUUCUGGGAAGUCUUGGUGAUAUUGCUUUAUCAACAACUCAUUCACAUCUCUUAUAGAUAUGCGGUUGGCUAUGAUACACGAGUGACUUCCUUGCCCUUGAUGAGUUGUUUCUUGCGUGAGUCCAUUCACGACCCAUCCUAGAGGAGUUCUGACAGCAUAUGGCCCAUUACCUCUACUGUUUACUACCUCCCAAGGCUCCAUAAGCUUUGCAGCAUUAGUGCCUAUUAACAACUCAAUAUCGGCAUCCAAAUGUGGAAUCUUCACUUCAUGUAAGUAUUUCCAUUUUUCUACAGAUUCUUGUGUUGGUAUGUGGUGUUUCGAAACUGGUAAGUUUGCUUGUGUAUAGACCUCUGGGAGCUUAUGGUAUUGCAGUCCUUCCAUAUUGCUCACUUCUAGGCCAGAGACUACACUGCUGUGAACCCUUUUCUCUUGUCCCAUUGUACACAACAGGAUGGUGGUGUUUUUACCCGAGAUGUUCAGCUUUCUCUUCAGUGAGUCUGUGCAAAAUGUAGCCGAGCUACCAGGGUCUAAAAAUGCAUGGGUGGUUAUGACUUUAUCUGAGGUUGAGAUCUUCACUUUCACUGGCACAAUAGAGAGUGUGCAUUGGGCUGAUGGACCGGCCCUCAUUGGGUCACUUUCAUUCACAGACACCAUAGCGUUACUCAGACUUUUGUUUCCAGCUUGAACAUCACCUUUAACUUUGUCUUUUUCCUUUCCAGUAGGAAUGUGCAGGAUCGUCGGAUGCAGCAAAGAACAUGUCUCACAUUGCAUUCUAUUUUUGCAGGUUUUGCCUAUAUGUCCCUUUGUUAGGCAACCAAAACACAUCCCAUUUAUUUUUAGAAAUUCGAUCUUCUCUCCAUUGGGUUGAGUCUUAAAGGUUUCACAAUAUUCAAUUGUGUGGUUCUUAUGACAGAAUAAGCAAGAUCUGUCGUCGGCGGAUGGUUUCUGUUUGUAUCCAGACUGCGAUUCAUUUCAUUUAGGUGCGGACAACUGAGCAACUGUUGUGGCAAAGCUAGGCCUCCCACUAGGCUUUACUGUUUUUUGUAGCUUAGAUUUCGACACUACUUUGGUCUCUGUAGGAUUAUGGAUAUCGCCAAAGACUGGAUCAAGCAUUGUCCUAGAUUGUCUCUCAAUGAAUUCUAGCAAGUCUUUGAAUGUUGCUCUGUGGUCAUUUUUAUCUUGCAUGUUACAUACAUUUGCUCGCCAUCUAUCCCGCAGCCGAUACGGCAGUUUUGACACAAUGAGUCUGAGGUUGGUGGAAUUCUCAAGCUCUUUCAGUCCAGUAAUGUCUUGCAUAGUGUUGUAGCAGCUACGCAGAAAGAGCGCAUACGACCGCAAGUCAUUGCCAUCUUCUGGCUUAAUGGCUGGCCAGUUUAAGGCUUUAUUCAUGUAGGCUGAGGCUAUUUUGUAGCUAUUUCCAAAGUUAUAUUCCAGCUGUUCUUUAGCUUGUUUGUAUGCAACAGUUGGAUCCAUAUGCAUGAAGCUACUGACGAGACUUCUGGGUUGGUCCUUUGUGUAUUGCUGUAGAUAAUAAAGUCUGUCAUCCAUACUGUCAGUCUUCUUUUCAACAAACUGUUCGAAUGCUUUUAUGAAUGUCCUAUAUUGAAGUGGGUCACCGUCAAAUAUGGGAAUUUCUCUCUCAGGCAGUAGAGCAAGUGCUUGUUGCUUUACUAACAAUGUAGUUAUUUCAGUGUGCCUUUUCAACACGUCUGUAACAUUUGGGUCAUUGGCAAUUGUGAUAACUGAAGUGUCUUGAUUGGCUAUCUGACCACUAGUAUUUGCCUUUUGUCGCACAGUUGGGGUUUGAGGAGUUUGUACUCGUUUGGGUUUUACAGAUCUUUUUACAGUGGCAGGAACGUUAUAUUCUGUUGGCGUGCCAAAUCGGUGUAAUCCAGACAACGAGAGAUGUUCCUCAGCUUCCCUAUAAACUUUAAGUUUAGCCUCUGCAACAGCCAGUUCAUAGUCUACAGCGAGUUGUUCUUUACGUGCUUUAAAUUUUGCCAUAAGAGUAGCCUCUUCCACGUCAAGGUCGAUUUUGUCACUCAGUGCUUGCGCCUUUGUCCUUGCAGCCGCACAAUCAGCUUCUGCUUUUAAACGAGCGCUAGAGGUCCGUGACGCGCGACUGAGAGCGCUUGUCGCUUUACAGCUACGCGUAACGUUGUGAGCUAUUUGAGAUGCGCUAUCUUGCGGUUUAAUAACGGAGGCAACGUCAUGCUGUUUUUCGAUGGGAGCUAUUUGAGAUGUGAUAUCUUGGGGUUUACUAUUGGUGGCACCAGGGGCGCCUGCAGGAAUUAAUGCUAUGGUACGCACACCAAUCACCCCCCCGAAAAUAUUUUGCUGAUAUUGUACAAUAUUUGUCCGUUUCUCGGUUUUAGAUUUGUGCAUUGGUCAGCAAAAAAAUAGCCUACAUAGGCUAUAACAUCCACAUGCAAUAACACAAUUAGAAAUUUGAAAGUGAUAGUAGCAGCGGUAUAAGCGGGAUAAUCAACUCCGCGCCGUGCGUUUAUAGGAAGAUAAUGCACUUAUCGAAGUGUAUAGUCCCCUCCGCCUGCGGCGUCGGGUCCUUAUUACCACUUCGAACGUGCAUUAUUUUCCUAUAAACGCACGGCGCGUCGUUGAUUAUCCCUUGCACAAUACUCAUUUGGACAACGUUACACAGCUAAGUUACUGCUAAGUUACGUUUAGUUUUGUUCAAGCAUUAACGUCUGAUAUUAAACAGUGUUGUAAUGCUAGUCUAACGUUCCGACAAGCACACAAAUUGUCUACCUAGCUUGUUAUUGCCCAUCUGGAAUCUCCUCUAGCUUUCCUGCCUCCAUCUUCCAUUCUUUCUCUUUUCGUUGUUUAAAAGAACUUGCGAUAUCCACGAUGAGUAUUUGAGUUAGUGAUUUAGCGUCACAUUGUGUUCUGAUAACAAUAGAUAGCCGAGUAAAAGAAAACAACAAGUAGCCUACUUGCGUGCCUGCGUGCGUAAUCUCUCCUGCUCAAAUGAAAUAUGUGCGCGUGGAUACAGUAGCUCUGCAUUAAGUUAAUUUUGAUAACGUGUUGACAAACUUCAUAUAGAAAAUUGUAAAUAGCCUGAUGGCAUGGCAUGCGGCUAAUGGGAUAUUGUGCAUAGUUGGGAAGUUAUGGUAGGCCAAUUUGAUGUGAAUACACACGCACAAGGGUAAUUUUCUUUCCUUGAUGAGUAGUCUCAAGGUACGCACGGUGCGUACGGCCGUACGCCUGCAGGCGCCACUGGGUGGCACCCCACUCCUCGUCAUUCCCUUCCUCCAUUCUAAUACGCGGUUCGCUCUGAACCCAUUUUAUAACGCCAUUCAAAAAGUCAUUAUAAAACUGAUAUUUUGGUUCGUACCAGUCUGUGCGAUCGGCCUCUCUUUCAUAGUCCUCUUUUAACAGUCGCUGCACUGAUGCAUGCAAGUUAUUAAACUCAAGGAAAAACCAUUCAAAUGCCUUAAUUUCUUUGUCAACAGUGUCUUUGUUUUGGCCGGAUUCGAUAAGUCUGUUGAUUUCGUUACGUUUACGAGUUAGAACACCAAGCUUCCCUCUGCGCGAUGCAAUUAACCUAAACAGUUAUCGUUCAUCGGAGAUAUCCUGAUCUUCGGACUCUUCUUGAGACAUGUUGCAAACGUUAACUCAAAAACUUUAAACACAAAAGUUCAUUGUUAUCUUAUAGUUAAAGUUCAAUUCAGCGCAGUAGGCAAAAUCAAACUACCACCCCGGCCUGUUCAGUUUGUAAAGUGAGCGCGGCGGCUCAUCUUCAAAUGCGAGCACGGCGGCCCGCUCACCAGAUCAGUCUUAUACUCACGAACCACGGAGUUCAAUAAACAAGUCAAUAAAUCCACAGGCAAGCCCAGUAAAUCCACAACUCCCGACAGCUAAUCCACAAGCUCCCGGCAAACGUAGCUUCCAACUUUCCAGGUACCCACGGCAAUUUCCAGCGCAGUAGCACAAUACUAUUGCGACGCUUCCAAACUGCAGGUGCUCUUCCAAUUAGCAGGAGAUGUCUCUUACUUUAGGCCGUUUUCUCGACUUUCUGAUGGGGUUUCCAACUUUAGGCAGGUUUUUCAACGUUGUAGUGUCUUCUUUUAAGCACUUCUUUGACGCCGUUCAGGUGGUUUCAAUACUUUGCUCGUUUAUUACAAACAUAAAUCAUAAACGUCUUAUACGUCCGUGAAACUAAACUUAGUAAAACAAAACGGUAGUAGCAACUAAUAUAACCGACAUUCGAUGAAACAAAGAGAGUAAUCAAACGAUCAAGAGAGAAUAUAUUGAAAAACCUUAUGCCUGCUGGCGUCUCCAAACUUCCACUUCCACUUCCUAAGCAUUCAAAACCCAAGCACCUUUGUCUUGCACCUAGGCGCGCGCUUCCUUAAUUGGCGCAGGUGCGUUCAUUAACACUCUGUGUGCCGGGCACCAGUUAUGGCCAAGGCCACGACUACACAUAUUUUUGGCCAGCAGGGGUCUUAACCCUCAUGUUGUCCUCAAAUCUUACCGACGUUCGUUGUCCUUGGGGUCAAUUUGACCCCAGCUAAAAAAAACUCUCAAAAAAUGAUUCAAAUUAUUUUUUUUACCCAUUUUUUUUUGUGGUAGGUACUUAACAAGAGUGUAAUAACCACUAUCAAAAGCCCUACAAAACAAUCCCACCCCCCCACACCCCUUUAUGAACCCUGGAACCCUGACUGGCAAUAUGGCCAAUCCAGUGUCAACAGCCCAAAGGCUGAGUUUUUGGACUUUUUCAGACCUUUUUCAGACCUGCCAAAAUAACUUAUAUGUAAUAUGUACUUGUAUAUGCAAUAAUGAUAAUAACUACAUGUUCUCAUACUAUUACAAUAAUAAUAUCCAUAAUUUGUCAAAUAUUCAUUUUCAUCAUGUUUCAUAAAAAUGGGGUCAAAUUGACCCCAAUACCACCAACGUAACUAUUUUUUUUACAGGACAUUGGAAACAUAUUUUUGUGCAAAUUUCAUGUUUACUCUGUUGUACCCUUCAAAUGAGGAAAAGUCAUGAAACUUGAAGCAAAACAAAAAAAGUGAACCAUAUAUUUUAUGAUGUUAAACACUGCUUGGGGUCAAAUUGACCCCAAGGACAACAUAAGGGUUAAACAGAAAAAGAACAAAUGGCUCCUACAGUGUUCGUGUUCCUUCUCCUGCCUCCUCUGUGUAGCAUCUUCCCUCUCACUGUUCCCCCUGUUCACUGUUUGCUGCUCCCUCUGUUUCUUUUCUGUUUCUUUCUGUGUGCCUCUCUGCUCCUUCUGUUUCGUUGUCCAAAUUCUAUUUAAGUAUCCAAACACGUCAGAUAUCUGACGCUGUUUUGAAUUUCUUACAAUAUGAACUUUGACCCGUGUGUGUUGUUUAUGUUCUGAAGAUUAGAAGAUGAACACACAGUGAGUGGGCAGGUUUUCUCAGGGCUGGAAUUCUUAACCCAUCGUUAUUUUACAUUUAUAUUCAGAUCUGUUUGAGAGUGAGAGGGAGGAAAGGGGAGUCCUUUUAUUUGAAUAAUAAAUGAAAUAUGUUUUUGGUGAAUUGAUUAAAAAUGUCUUUGGUUUUAUGUGACAAAGGAGAACAGAAUGUUGUCCAUAGGAAAUUGAAAUACAAAUA